AUGUCUGCCAUUACCAAUACAAGGAUAUCUGUCCUUCGAUACAUCACUGCAUUCUUUGUCCCCGAUGCAAGUCUACAUUCACGACAGAAAUGGAUCCUAGGUCUUAUCAAUUUAUCAGCAGUUGUUAUACUAUGGGUAUCAUCAAGCUUCCUAGUAAAUGCCAUUGUUGAAGACGAUUCGUAUCGGAAACCAUUUUUCAUCACUUGGAUAAACACCAGUUGCUUUAGUUUUUACAUUAUCCCUUAUCUCAAGUUUAAGAAAAUGACAUUGCGUCAAUUUAUCAACAAGUUUACUAAUGAGUACAAAUAUCAUCAGAUACCGAGUAAAGAUGGAGAUGGAUUGAUUAGGAGCUAUGGAUCAGAUGAGGAUUUAAACACUGUUGUUGCUACUCAAGUUGAACCGGAACCUGGACGACUGGGAAGUUUGACUUGUGUUGAAUCAAUUGGUGACGAAGUGGUUGAUAACUCAUUAGAUAUAAACAUUUACGAUACUUUUAAAUUGGCAAUUCAGUUUAUUAUCCUCUGGUACUCGGCAAACUUGGUGACCAAUGCUUCAUUAUCAUAUACAUCAGUUGCAUCACAAACCAUACUAUCAUCAACAUCAUCAUUUUUCACAUUAAUCAUUGGAUAUCUUGUAUCAGUAGAGAGUAUAAAUCAGAAUAAGAUUAUGGGUAUCUUGCUCAGUUUCUCGGGAGUUUUGAUUGUGACUAAAGCGGAUACAUCGGAAAACAACCCAAACAAAGACUUGCAUCCAGGACCAUCGUCAGCAAUGUGGAUAUUAUGGGGCAAUUUACUCGCAUUAUCAGGUGCCUUGAUUUAUGGAAUUUAUACAAUCUUGUUGAAGUUUAAAACAUCAAUCCCCAAUUCACACAAGGAACGUAAUUUAAAUACUCAUUUGUUUUUUGGGUUUGUCGGAUUGAUUUGCUUUUUGGGACUAUGGCCAAUCCUCAUAAUCUUGCAUUUUACUAAAGUUGAGACGUGGUCAUUACCAUCAUCGAGGGAAGUAUGGACUUGUCUUGUGUUAAAUGCGGUGAUUACAUUUAUUAGUGAUUUUUGUUGGUGUAAUGCUGUACUUCUAACUAGUCCCUUGACCGUUACUGUGGGAUUAUCAAUGGCUAUUCCAUUAGCUAUGGUUGGUGAUUGGAUUUUAAAAGAGUUUCAAUUGAAUUUAUUGUAUGUGUUUGGUGCGGCGAUUGUUACUACUGGGUUUUUGAUUAUAAAUAAGGAUGAAGAGGAGGAGUUUGUCGUUGAUGAAUAG